AACGACUUGACCAUCUAAUCUACUAAUGAAGGAGCCAUUAACUAAAGCUCGAUAUUUAUCAUAUUUCCAAGAUAAAUCUGCGAUCCUAUUGCGAAAGAUGUCUGUGCCAUGGAUUCCAUACGACAGCAGCUGGAUCUCCAUCGGAACAGCUGCAGUAGUUGCCUGUGUCGUGGUUGGCAUAGCAUCUGCGUCUGCCAUAUUUUAUGCUCCCAUUCUCUGGGCCGCCAUAAGACUGCAAGCUACAAGAGAUAUGCCUCCCUUACCUCCAGGAAAGAUUGGAAUUCCUUAUUUGGGAGAAUCUCUCGACUAUAUGAGGUCGUGGAGUAACUUGCACAGCCUUGACAUGUGGUAUGAUACACGAAAGGCUAAGCACGGGGGAAUUUUCAAAACCCAUAUUCUGGGCAAACCCACAGUUGUUAUGUUGGGCGCGGAGGCCAACAAGUUUAUCCUUACCAACGAAGACAAGUUGUUCAGAAACCUGUGGCCUAAAUCUCUGAGAGUUCUGAUAGGGAAGCACUCCAUGACUAGUUCCCAGGGUGAUGAUCACAGAAGGGUGCGGCGGAUUAUACACUCUGUUCUGGGGAUCGAAAAUUUGAAGAAGUCAGUUGCGAGGUUUGAAAGACUUGUGCUGCAGCAUCUGGACUCCGAGUGGCGUUCUGGCCACGUCAUCUACGCCCACAACAAAUUGAGGGAAAUGGCGCUGUGUGUGGCAACCGAGUAUUUUAUGGGGUUGAGGGCAGGGGAAGAGUUGGAGAGCUUUACGCAGAACUAUUAUGAUUUGAACAAGGGGCUUCUUUCUCACCCUCUUGAUCUUCCCUGGACGGUCUUUGGCAAGGCCAAGCGCGCUCGAGUUGCCAUUGUUGCUCAAAUUGCUAAGCAGAUCCACCUGCGUAAAAAUUCCUUGGGCAAACGUGGGGAGGAGGAAGAGAACUUUUUGGACAUGGUGUUGAGGGCCCAAAAGGAAGGGGGCGAGUUUUGCUUGAGCGAUGAGGAGAUUAUAGACAACUUGUUGGGUUUUUUAAUUGGGGGAUUUGAUACUACUGCUUCCGCUUUGGCCACAGUUCUUAAGCAUCUCAGUCUCUCGCCACACGUCUUACAACGCCUUCGUAAAGAUUGCGAGAAGCUAAGAGAUAGCAAGGAGGUAGAAGAACGUCUUACCUGGAAUGAAAUUAAAAGUGUGAAAUUCAUGAGUAAUGUGGUAGCAGAAGGAAUGCGCAUUGUGCCACCUAUAAAUGGAGGAUUUAAAGAAGCAAAAAUAGACAUUCCUUAUGGUGGUUAUACCAUUCCAAAGGGAUGGAAGGUUCAUUUCUCUAUGAGACAAACAAGCAAUACAGAGGAGUACUUUCGAAGUCCAGAGAAGUUUUUCCCAGAUCGCUUCAAUGAACCACAAGAGCCAUUUUCCUACAUUCCUUUUGGGCAAGGAAAUCGAAUGUGCCCUGGGAAUGAGUUUGCAAAGAUAGAAAUGGAAAUAUUUCUCUAUCAUUUAGUGCUAAGAUACAAUUGGGAAUUGGUGGAGGUUGAUGAACCCAUUAGUAUCUCCUUUACUUCUCAACCCACACAUGGUUUACCUUUGAUGCUUAGAUCAGUAGCGUGAACAAGUUGAUGUGUAUGGGAGAAAAUAACAUGAUCAUCAAUAUAGUAUUUUAUGUCCCCCA